UCUACAGUGUAGUAUCCUAGUGUUGUACCGUACCGUAGAAAUAGUUGCAACAGCGCGGCGUUCUGCUCGCUGUUCAUAGGCUACCGCCAUUGUUUCUAGAAGUGAGCAAAUUAACAAACAGACUUUUAAAAUUUUAGAGUCGAACAUAGUAGUGAAUACUGAAUUCCAUUGCCAAUACAAACUAUUUGAAGAUUAAGAAUAAUAAAAAGUAGCAUAUUCCAUGUGUUACAUUUUCAUUUAGUUUCUCAUGUAUUCGUAUGAAACCAAAAAAUUUCAGUGAAAGAAUUUCGGAAAAGAGUUUGUGUGAUGCAUUUACAGGAAGAAAAAUCAGUGUUCAAUGUAGUUGUUUUCAUUGGUGAUGCUUUUGUAUCAAAGUGGUACCUACGAUGAUAGUGCUAGUGCUAGUAAAAAGAGUGGUGUGUUGUUCUUCCAUGGUAAAAUUGACGAAAAACAUUCCGUUAAUAAAGGACCUGAUCGUGUAUAACGCGUCCCUUUGAUCGCGGAUUAAUUGAAUUAAUUAUUGCGGAAGAAACAGCUAACAUUAACAAUCAAGAGAAAUCGAAUUCCGCGUCCUACAGUAAUCCCUCAUCAUCUUUUUGCUCUUCUAAAAAUAGUUUACAUGCUAACAGAGUUCUGUAAUUGUAAAUUAUUUAACAAUAUUAUACUAUCUUCCACUCGAAAUGUUCUGAAAUUUGAACGAAUUGCUUCAUGUUCAACAAGAUCACUUUAUACUUAAAUAUUGAAUUUCGAUCAUGGAAUAUCAUUAGGUGAUUUUUUUAUAAACUGUUAGUUCUGUCUUCUUCGAAUCAGCUUUGCAUUUGCGAUGCCAGACAUACAAAAAAGGAUGCGAGAAUUUUCCUUUUCAUACGAGAAAAAACAUCUUCACUACUCAAUAACGAUGUUGAUACUGCUAAUGUUAUCCCUGGGUGAUGUACACAUUGUAAAUGGUUCUUGCGAGUUUCCAGUUGCGUGGACUGGAGAAUGGUAUCAAUAUGGGAAAAUCACACCGAUUAUCCUAAAUACAACAGUUAUAGGCGAAAGGACAUGCGUCGAGCGAUCCGGAGAUUCGUACAUCGUGUAUGGUGACAAAUGCUAUUAUUGUAUAAUUAUUAACGAUCGGCAUGAGAAUGUGAUUCAAUUUCGUGAAGGAUGGUGCUUUACGGAACAAAGCACUUUGGAUGAAAUGUGCUCGAACAUUAAGUCCGAUGAUACUUUGUAUUCCAUGUUUCGCGUAAAUUCCAAGCCGAUACCCUGUCCUUUUAGUGGACCAUCAUUUACGUUUACCUAUGAUAAGGGUUUUGGUGAAUGUUCAAUGCCUAUUAGCCUUGGGGAGAAAUGUACUGACGAAAGUAAAUUACUUCUGAAAUAUCAGGCUUGCCCGGACAUCAAACGAAGCGAGAGUAACACGGAAGAGUUACAAUGCCUCGCUGUAUGGAACGAUGGUCGUAACAAAUACCUCGUUGGAACAUUAAAAGGAAGAAGUAUCUCGAGUGCCGAAAAAAUGUAUAGAUGUUUCCUAUACGAAGAGAAAACACAUCAUCAGGGGAAGGUGGCCUACUUACUCGCUCAAUCAGGUGAACCAACUUGUAACGGCCUAACUACUGUUUCGGAGGGAUCGCCAACUAUAAAGCUUACGAAAGUUGAUAAAGAACACAACAGAUGCAAAUAUCCUUCAUGGAUUACCGAACAUCAUGACUGGCGUUCUUUAGACGGUACUAAAGUUUAUCAUUUCACGAAUAAAAAUGCAACACUCAAAGUUAAAGUACAAAAUGCUGAUGGGGAUACGUUUCACGAAGAAAAGAUUGUUUGUCAUAAUCUAGAAAAAUUACAUCCUACAGAAAAUACACAAGGAUAUAAAGUAAAGUUGAUUGCUCACGUUACUAGCGGUUGUGACAUUGGCUACGUUUGCAUGAUAUUUCAUAAAAGAGAUCACCACAUUAUAGAGUUACAGCAAUCGGAUGAAAAAGCUAUAAUGCCAGAUGAGGCGUGUUCCCUUGCAGACACAUCUACAAUGACGUAUACCACUCUAAUAAGCUCUUCAUUACAUCAGAGAAAGUGUCCCAAUCCUGGACGAUAUGUUAUCUUGGGAUUUACUCCAUUCAGUGUAUCUAAUACUUCGUUUCGUCGACAACGUCGUAGUGAGAGACACUCUUCUAGAAUUACUAAAAGAAGGACUUGGCACGAUGAUAUUUCUCAGAAAGAAUUGCACGAACAGCCACGACAACACCAACAGCAGCAUCACCAUCAUCAUCAUCAUCAUCAAUAUGGGGGAGAACAACAUCAGCAACAACAAGAACUACAAAGGGAGGAUUGUAAAAGAACCAAUGUUGAAAUAGGCUGUGCGUCGCCCGAUCAGAAUGAAAUUCUUAUUGGAAAAACAUGCGAUACGGAAGAAAUAACGUAUUAUUGUCAUGGUAGUUGGGAAGAAAAAAAUAUUUGGUAUACGAUAGUGUCGUUAAAAACUAAUCAACCUUCCCCAAGUUUUGGACAAACCUUUUGUUUCUCUAUGCAAUUUGACGAUAGUACAGAGAAGACGUCCGUAACCGGAAAAGCAAUUAAAACUCAAGUCUCGCAACAGGAACUUUGGUUAACUAAAUUGGAUCGUGUCUGUAGUAGAGGCCAGAUCGAAGAUGAACGGUCCUACACGCUUGUCAGUCAAGGAGUUUGCGAAGACAUGGAAAAGGCGUAUUCUAGUUUGGCGCCACUUUUUCCCAAAUCGAUAAUUUUAUUUGUCGCAAUCAUGGGAAAUUGUGCCGUAAUAUUUUUGUUAAGAUGAUAUGCCACUUCCACGUGAAGAAUUGUACUCGAUGCUUUUAGAGGGAUUAUUUUUUUUUUCUUCUCGUUCUCUUUUUUUUCUUGUGAACGUCGAGGAAAGUCGACAGGCAGAGAGCAACGGCGAAUAAACUCCUCCGAUUUUAUAUUCGCUUUUGUAAGGAUCGAGGCCAAGAACGAACGGUUUAAUUUAAUCGACUUUAUUGGACAGCGCUGGCCAACUACCAUCUGUCUCUUCGUAUUUCUUUCAGACUUUCAUCACAUUCGAUCUGCGGUCGAUGACUCAGAUACGAUACUCUUUACUCAGAUACGAUAGCUUAUACUACUAUGUAAGUUUAUUUUGUUUUUCUUUUCUUUUUUAUUGUGCAUUAGACAACAUCACACGAUCUUUACUUACAUUUUUUAUUCAUUCUGACAUAGAUAAGGAUGUACUUAGAUUCUAGAUUUUAAGUCUUAUGCCCGUCCGUUUCAUACAAUGGUCGAGAUUUCUACCCGAUUACAUCUAUCUACAUCCUAUAAAUCUGUAUAUUUGCACUUGUAUUUUUUAUAUAAGCAUAUGUUGAAGAACGAGCAAAAAGUUCGCUCAUGUACUGAAAAACCGCGCAUUUAUUUUCGAUUUAAGAGUACGAAAACAACGAUACCUCGAUCGUUUUUACGUAAUUGAGAUUUAUAAGGCACGCAGUAUAUUGUCAAUCGACCGACUACUGUGCACCCGCAGCUUUCUUGUAAAUAUGAGCAGGGUAUAACGAGUCAAGACCAUGUUCGAUUAAUCGCGAACGAAAUCGAUGUAAUCCUAUAACUGCGAAUUUGAUUAAUUUAACGCGUAACAAUUACUUACGAUAAGGAAAUACUUUUUACCUCUUAACCUGCUACAUUUUGUAUAUAAUAAUUUAAGCACUGUAUAAAGACUGUUUUUAAAGGGUAUAGAGUUUUCCACCUAUACAAUCGCGUUUAAUUAUCGAGCGCUAGCUUGAAAGUGAUUAACUAUCGUGUUCCUUUCGUUUUCGUCUAUUGUGAGAUCUGUAUUAUCGACGAAAGGGAAAAGAUCACAGUGGAAUAGUGGCGUUCGAUUAACACAUUUCGAAAUAUGUACGCAAAAUAGUGUCCCGUAACGAGGAUUAAUGACGCAUCGUGAACGCCGAUGCAAUUGCGAUCAGAAUUCGUUAGAAAAAUAAACUGAAAUCGCAUUUCUUUUCUCUUGAUAACAUGGUCGCAUUGUGCCUAAUCAAAACAUUAUUUCCUCGAUUUAUGACAGAUUUUCUUACGACAAAAUUAUAUAUGGCUAUUUAUUACUCUCGUUGUAUCCACGAUUAUUUGUUAUAGUUCACAUAGGAACGGAAUACGAUUAUACUGAAUUCGAGAGUAAACACACGCGCGUAUGUAAGUAUAUACAUACGUGUGUGUGUGUGUGUGUGUUUUUAUAUAUAUACACACACGCGCGCGCGCGCGUGCGUGUACAUGUACGUACGUGUGUGUAUAGAUGUAUACAUAUACGCGUAUAAAUAAUUGAGACUGUUCCGAAAUUCGUAUAAUUAGAAUAUUCGAGUACGACGAUGCGCUGGUUCUAAUCCGUAAGAUAGACAAAUUUUUAAUAUCAAGAUAAAUUCUUAUUUUUAUACGCAUAAAUCUAUCGUUCCCAGCCCAAUCCUCGUUCACUCCAGCAUUUUUCUAUUUAUUUCUACAUUGAAAGAUUUUCUAUCCUUUUUAUUUCCUCCUGAAAUGGACCCAUAGUUUGUUUAUACUUGACCAAGUUCCUGAUACGUUCCGUACUAGUUUUAAUAGGCGUGACCACUUUGCCGUGCGCCUUGUCCAAUAUUAAAAUUUAUUCGAACCAUUUUACGAUCGCAUCUCAACGUGUCUCAAUGAUAGUUAUUGACUCGAUCGUACCCUUUAUUACUAAUGCAUCUAGAUAAUAACGGACGAAAGAGAAUUAUUGUUGUUAUUGUUGUUGUUGUGGGAUGAGUACUGAUACCUUGUGCGAAAGUUUCAUCAAAUCGAAAUCCGGAUAUAAUUUUUAUGUACACCGCAAUUUAAUCCUAAUACUUUUACUGCCUUCUACGUGAAAAAUUUAACGUGAAUACACAAAUGCUAGUAUUCGAGAUAUGGAAACAAAAAGGAAAAAAGAAAAAAAACAAAAAUACGAAUGAUUCAAACGAUGAGAAAUAACAAUUCUUUACAAGGGAUUUAUUAACGUAUGUUGUAUGUAUGCGCGUGCGAUUUUUUACAUCGUGUAUGUUGAUUGAAUGUAUGUACAAGUUGUAAUGUAUGUAAAAAACGAGAAAAAGAAGGUUAACGAUAAGUAUGUAUGCUUAAGGUAGCAUCGUAAUAUUUUAUCUACCAAUGUAAUGUCACCGCAACAACGACGAUGACGAUGACCAGGACGAGGACCAGAACGACAACGACAAUGAUGAUGACUAUGACAAUGACGACAAUGACAAGGACGAGGAUAAUGACAAAAGACGAACAUAUACGAGAUAGAAAUACGUUAAUUUUAGGAUGACUUAAGCAUUGCUCGUGUUACGAGCACUGAGGUUAUAAAGCGAGCGUGUUUUAUUGAAAAUGAAACGAUUGUAUGAUGAAUGUUGUAAAAACAAGAUAAACGCAAUUGUGACAGUAUUUCAAGGCGAUAUCGUUCGAGAUGGUCAUAUGUUUGAUUGUUUCUUCUCAAGCUAGAAAAUCAAUGAAGAGACAAAGCAAAGUUAAGAUCGAAAAAUAAUACAAUGACGAUUCGAAACUGUCGAUUUUUCGGGCGAAAGAAUGAGUAAAGAAAGAUGAAGAUUCAAAAUUACAAUGGUAUUUCGUAAUCCAAAAUGAAGUAUCGACGCUUUCGUUUCGCAAGGAUUGCUGAUCAAAGCCCUGACCUACAACUAUUACAAGCUACACUAUGUGUAAUGUUUACUAUUAUAUUUUGAAUAUGAGGAAAUACACGUACAUGUACAGAA